UAUGAAAUAUUUUCCGCGACUAAGUUUGACGCCAUGGUGAUGGUGUUCACACCAACCCUUAUACUGGACGUCUUCCACCCGCUAGAAGUUGCGAAGAUGGGCGUGGUCUACGUCUUUCCGGUCGAUGACGUGUUUUACACCGUGUACAUGGCAACACCGUUCUUCAACGUAGCUGCAGGCGUAACUAUAUAUUACUGUGAUCCAAAUAACACAGCGGCCUUAGCUAAAACGCUUAAAGCAGGGUAUCCGCAAUUUUACAGUUUAACAAGUUACCGUAUAAGUGCUAUAACCUUACCAAAAGAUAAUUUAGACAAACCAAGAAAAUCAAGCUGUCGAAUUGAGUUUAACAAUCAAGCGGCUGUGUUUUUAGCGGGUUCCAUGCGAACAGCUAAGGGGGAGCUGCGUUAUCCUGCAGAAGCAAUACUUCCUGUUGAUUUGUACGCCACGUCUUGGAAAUCCGAAAACCUUGACAACUACGCAAGCCCAAGUACAUACUACAUGGUGUCAGGCUCGUUCGGCAACGUUGUUAAAUACGUGAAGUCACGGGAGUCCGAGUCACAGCAUGAGCUACAAGAAGGUGACGUCUUGAAGGUAGCAAUCAAGGGCGAGAACUACGAGAAUUUAUACGUGGAAAUAUCUGAAAGUACCCCCACUUUCUUGUUCUUACAGUAUGGCGGCUUGACUCAUAUCAGUAACGCGGCGUGGAGUAAUGUAUUCAGUUUAAAUUUAUUGUUUCCUUUCGUUUCAAGACGUUUACAAGGAACAUUAGGUGUAAUACAUUAUUUCAGCGCAUUCCCAGAAAUAACUUCCGGUUAUAUUCUAAAGAUGGAUCAAGUUUCUUUAACAAGCUAUAAAAAUGUCAGGGUCCCAGCCGGAAAGAUUAACGUACUGCUAGAGGCAAACAUCAAGUUUGGCUGUGUGGUGUUUGGUAAGAGUAACGGCUCGCUCGUCUACUAUAAUUCGGGACUGUCGCCUAACAGUGUCUUUCAGGAUUUCGACCUCAAGCUUCUAAAACCAAAGCAAAAGAAUUUUAUUUUUCGAUAUGUGUGCCCCAACCAAAAGUACGGUAUUAACUGUUUACUGAACUGUGAAUGCCCAGAUUAUCACUGCAACAUGAAUGGGACUUGUUACUCUAGCAAUUGUAAAAUUGGAACUUUUGGCCCAAAGUGUCAACACGCGGAUUUGUCAAUUUUUAGUACAGCGGCUUUACUGAACCAGUACUUUGAUCACGACGACAGUUCAUGCAAGCAAGCAAAUAGCUCUAUAGCUAUAUCGUUUCCGAAUAACUUCUAUGUGUAUACGAUACAUUUAGUCCUACAAAAUGCUUUGGAUCCGGACUCCUUGGUACAGGCCGUGUAUGUGGAGAAUGCCGCGACCAGACAGAUGGUUAAGGUCAACUACGUCACUGAGGUUCAGGAGAGCAAGGAGCAUACUGUGGUCAUUUGGUUGGACGAGGUUCAUUGGACGCGGGUCAUAAGAAUCUAUCUGAAUAGUGUCAGCGUUUGUACAGUGAAUAUUGAUGGGGGUGUUAACCUAGCGUCACAGGAACACAUGUUGUUCACAAGUAAAGAAUUCGACAAACAACAGCUGGACUGUCUAAAGGACGGCGAUCGGUAUGCUACGUGCUUGACCUUGGAAGAUAACAAGAAGGUCGAGGUCGAGCUAGCAUUAAGGGUUACGAUAAGGAGAUUAACCGUUUACUCCUAUGAUAACAGAAAACAGUGGUUACUGCAGGUAACUUUACUGGAUAAAGUAAAAGCGACGCAGAAGAAAAUAGUGAAAGAGAGCGACGAGGAAGUGUUUAUAACCAUAGAUGUGGUCCAGGAGGUGACUAAUAUCCAGCUGGAGGCGAUACAAGGGACGCUGAGUAUCUGUGAGGUGGAGAUCUACACUGAUAUGUGGGCACCCCGUUCCACAACCACGACAGGUUGGUUGAUGGUGGGGAUGUAUUUGUGGUUGGUUGACGGUGUGAAUGUUUUGGGGGUUGGUUGA